GAUUCUCUAAUAUUAUAUCUCUGCCUCUUUAGCAUUUUAAGUGAUGGCUGUCAAAUUUGUAUACAAAUAACUCCUCAUGUUACAUAUCUUCAUCUAGUCUUUCCGCGCUGUUAGUUGGCAGUAUAUUUUGUACCGCUACACUCACCAGUCAGAACCAACGUAAAUCAGUAUAUUAUUUGGAAGUGUUAAAUAAAUAUAAAACGGGAUCCCAAUAUAAAACACAAAUAUUUAGUAAUCAAGUUGUAAUUCUUGUUAGGGGUUUCUUUGUAAUUUUAGCUGAAUGUGUACGUGUGUUUCCCUUCAAGUCGAACGAAGGUUACGUACAGUUAAAGGCGAAGGGUUGAUUCUUUGUACAACUAAAUGGAUAACUAAAAACAGAGGGAACCAAAAAUAAGAUACCAAGAAACUUAUGGACAUUGUGUCAAAUUAACUAAUAAUGUCUAAAAUAAGUAGAAUAAAAUCUUUCUUUCACCCCAUCUUCGUUUCUAAACCUUCACAUUCAACAAAAUCUUGAAGAGAGAGGAAGAUGGAUUCGGGACUAUCUUGGGCUGAUCAAUGGGAUUACAACUCUGAUCCUCCUCCAAAUUCAUCUAAAGACGACGAUAAGAAGAAGAAAAAGAAGGAAGACGCAAGCAAAAGCAGUUUGGGAAAGGCCUUCAAAUGGGUGAAAGAACUUCGCAAGAAAUCUGAUAAGUAAUCAUAUAUAGGGUUUAUUGUUCUAGUUCAUUUGUUUCGUGUGAUUAAUCCAUUAAGCGUUAUUUUCUCUUUUACCCAUUAAUAUUCUUCUAAUAGCUAUUGCCAAAUCUUUUUAAAAAUUUAAAAGUUAUGUUGGUUGUGGAUGA